AUGGAUGACAUCGCCACCUAUGUCCAUGAAUCACUCUACACCGUUCUGCCCGAGGACAAGCGGCAACAGCUCAUUGAGAAGGCGCACGGAUUAUUCAUCUGGGCGAGCACCGCAUGUCGAAUGAUCAAUAGCAAGACAGCAUGGGACACCCCGAGACUAUAUACGACUGACCCCAGAUUCCACACGGUCAUGUGCGGCAUGCUGGCACUACUGCUUGCCGCAUUCGAACCACUGACCGCCAACGACCUCGACAACAUUCUUAAGCAUAUCGGACUACGCGGAUACUCCGAUGC